AUGGCGGGGACCUCCGGAGCCCAGAUCUCCUUCCGGCGGGCGGCUAACCGACCGAGGUCCCUUCCCGAUCCGCGCCGCCCCUGCUCUUCCUCCAACAUCCGACUUCAUACCCAAUCAGCUGGAGCCAAGCGAAAAUACUCGGUCGCCAGCGACGUGGAUCCCAUCCCUGACUGGGCGAACAUCGGGGACGGGCCAGCCGGCCUGAUUGCCGAGCUUGCCCUCGCCAGCGACGUGGCCGACUAUAUCCGCUUCCGCGCCGUGUGCCAGCCGUGGCGGCGGUGCUCGCCAGACCCGUGUGCCGGCGGUCUGGACGGCCGCUUCCUCCCCCGCAAGUGGAUCAUGCUUGACAAGGCGCUUGCCGGGCCACGCCGCCAUCGCUUCCUCAACGUGUCUACAGGCGAGUGCAUACGUAUGGACCUCCCGGAGCUCGCGGAGCACACGUUGCUCUCGCUCACCCCAGAAGGCCUCCUCCUCCUGCUCCUCGAGACCACCCUGGUCGUCCGCCUGCUUAACCCACUCACGCGGCAGCUCACCAACCUUCCGCCGAUGACCGCGCUCCUGAGACCAGGGCAGCAUCGGUCCAGGCAAUCUGGCUUCAAGAUAGGGAAAACAUUCAGUGUGUCUGGCGUGGGUCUUGUUGCCGACGCCUCCAUGGUGGCAGUCAAUUUCUUUGAUCCCAGGGGGCUUUUUGUCGCUAAGCCCGGCGAUGAGAGUUGGACCAUGGUCGACACAAUGGUCGACAAGGAAUACAUAAAUUCGGGUUUGCCUUUUGCGGGGCGCUUCUACUGCGCCAACUACAGGGGCGUCAUGGUGCUGACGAUCGGCUCGGAUCAGCAGCCGCCCCGGCUCCAGUUGGUCGCUGACCGGAGCGACUCAUUUUAUUUCUCCCUGAUGGCGCACAGCCUUCACCUGGUGGACAACGGCGGGGAGUUGAUGCUGGUGCACCGAGCGCUAAGCCGGGACAGUAGGAGGUAUGAUGCUUACAGAGUGGAUUUGGAAGCUGGGGUCCUGACCCCAGCCAAGGGCUUCAACGGGCGCGCCGUGUUCAUGGGCAUGUGCCGCUCAAUUUCUGUAUCGGCUGAGGCUGCUUACCCCUCUCUCGCUGCUGAUACCAUCUACCUGGGACACGAUUGUGAUGACAAGAUUCAGGGGUACAAUAUCGCGGAUGGAAGCAGAUGCAGUCUGAUUGAGGCAGUAUGUCCGCAUAGUGUUGUGGAUUGUCUCCGCCGUUCCAUCCAGGGAGUCGGCAAGCGACUUGCUUGA